AAAAAAAAAAAAGUCAGUUUUCUUUAUCAGACGACACUUUAAGUGGAUCUUGUGAGCUUCGCUGGUUGCAGCGGCGAUAUAAUAUAUAUAUAUAUAUAUAUAUAUAUAUAUAUAAAUACGAGUAUAUAUUUAGAGAGAGAGAGAGAGAGGAGAAGGGUGGGAGGGGGAUGCAUCAUGGAGCGCAGUAGAAGAGGAAAAAGCCACUCAUCCAAUUUCUCAUCACACAAAUUCCAAUCCAAUCCCACAAAAUCUGUCAGACCUUCAAACUCUGACCAUCACUACAAAAACAAAACUACUCAUCAACAAAAGCAUCGACAAGAAGAAGAUGAUUAUGAUUCCUUCAACUCUCUUCCAUCCCUUGUGGGAACUUGCCCUCAUAUGUGCCCAGAAGAGGAAAGGGCACAACGUGAGCGGCUGCGAGACUUGGCUGUGUUCGAGAGGUUAAACGGAAAUCUUGGGAAAACAUCUUCAAGUCUUGCUGUCAAAAAGUUUUGCAGAACUAUAUCCACAAAGCACUUGCAAGCUUCAGAUGUACGACCUCUCCCAGUGUUGGAGGACACUUUAAACUACCUUUUAAACUUGGUAGAUUCCUCAGAAUUUCCUUUCGAAGUGGUUCAUGAGUUUGUCUUUGAUAGGACGAGGUCUAUAAGGCAAGAUCUUAGCAUGCAAAAUAUCAUUGAUGAUCAAGCAAUCCACAUGUAUGAGAAAAUGGUUAAAUUUCAUGUCAUAUCCCACCACAAGCUUCGAAGAUGUAGUGGCAGUUCAAACAUUUCUCCAAUGCACCACCUCAACAUGGAGCAGCUGACAAAGGCUCUGACAUCUCUAUAUGAUCUGUAUGAAGCUAAUUGGAGUUCCCAUUCCAUUUAUAAAAAUGAAGCUGAAUUCCGUUCACUUUAUGUGCUUCUCCAUCUGGGUUCAGACAGCCAACCAAUGGGCGAGUCCCUCUCUUUGUGGUUUCGUCGCGUUCCUUCUCGUAUUAUCAAGUCGAAGGAAAUGAGUUUUGCCCGGAGACUUUUAAGAUACUUUCGGUUGGGCAAUUACAAGCGUUUCAUUUGUACUACAGUAGCUGAGGCAUCCUGUCUGCAAUAUUGCAUAAUUGAACAUUACAUCAAUGAGGUUCGAGGGUUUGCAGUUUCCUUUGUGAAUCAUGGAGGUUACAAGCUUCAUCCAUAUCCACUUUCAGACCUAUCCAAACUUCUGAUGAUAAAGGAAUCAGAUGUGGAGUCUUUCUGCAAUGAUUGUGGUCUCGAGAUUUCCACAGAUGAACUAGGAAAUAAGUUCUUACCUGCGAAGCAAACAACCUUUUGUCGUCCCAAAGGAGGGUUUCAAAACUACUGCCUUUUGAGUUCGGAGCAGUUUGAAAGACUCUUUGCCGAAGGUUCAGAGUUCCAAUAAUGUAGGCAUGACAGAUGCUGUCCUUCUGUUAUUAAAGGGAUGUGGAAGGUAAGCCUUGGGCAGCACUACUUUGUUACCCGUUUGAUGAACUGAAGAAAGAUUUCUGCCGGGAAACAAACCAUUUGAGGUAACCUGAAGGCCUGCUGCUGGCUCUUAAAAUUCCGAAGGAGUUGAGAAAAAAGAAAGGUUGCUUGUUUCACCACUCUCAGCAGUCAUGAUUUGAAUCAUAGAGAUAUGGACUUAUUUUUUAAGGAUAGGUUAUGCAUACCUCUCCUCCCUGCCAUUUCUGCAGGAGAGUAAGUGGUGACUAGGAGGCAACCGCUGCAGUAUUGGGACCCUACCCUCGAAGGGCCGGGCACCAUCCUACUUACAGCUCUAUCUCACUAUGGAGGGGCCGGGCACCAUCCUACUUACAGUUCUAUCUCACUAUGGACUGGUGUAUUGUAAGUUGUAACUUAUAAGAAAUGUAUGUAAAUAUGAUUGGGAUGAUCACUGAUGAUGUCUGUUUUUACCCUGAGGGCAAGUCUCUUAUGCUGUGGUUUGUCUAAUAUUUUGAUAUUAAUUUUAAUAUUAACAUUUUUCACCCAAAGGAGGAAAAAUUUAUAUAUAUAUAUACACACACACACAAAUAUUAUUGAUGCAUUUAGUCAAGGUUAUAGUUUCAGAUGUAUGUGAGUAAUUAAUUCAGUCAGAUAGAGUAAACUCUAAUUAGAGAUGCCGGGAAACCAAAAAAAAAAAAAAAACUCUAAUUAGAGAUGGAAAUUUGAUAUGACCCAACACAUUUCUGAUAUGGAAAAUGAUAAGUAGUCCAAUUCUCGGACUACCCCUUCUAUUUUAUGCGAGUGUGAUGAUGUCAUCGGACUUAGCCACCGGUGAAUUUUAUGUGUCAAUUUUUUCUUUUCUUUAUUAUAUUUAUAUAAUUACUGAAUAGUUACUCAAAAGUCUGGCUGUUCUAUUUUCCUAUUUUUGAAUUGUGGAUCCCUUCAAAUCUGGUCUGGUUGGUACAGUGACGAAAAAUUGGGAGGGAAAGAGAUAUGGAGAUGGAAUGCUGAAAUGAUCUUUUUCCUCUUAUUUGGUUAACUGAGACACGAGGGGUGUAAGGGAAGAAUUUCUUUGUGAUUUUACUGGUAUGCCCUUAAUCAUUUUUAUAUGAAAUGAUAUAGUUUGAACGACAAAAGUACCAAAAAAAAAAAAAAAAAAAAAAAAAGG